AUGAGCUCCGCAUUGCAAUCGCAGAAGCAGCAGCAGCUCGAACCGAGCUACGUGCUCGUUCCCCCCCCGUAUGCGUCGCACACGCGCGUGUCGACUAACGCGUCUACCUCUCAUCCAGUGUACGCUGGUGUUCACGACACCAUGCGACACGGCCUCAACAAUGUGUUGCACCAUGUGUCGACGCAAUCUCAUCACCCUAUCCAGAACCGACUCGAGAACUGGGAGGCGACGCAGGACAACCUGAAACUCACCAUGCAGCGAAACAUCCACGGAAUCGGUGCACCAGCACAUACAUUGAUGGAGCGAAAGAUUGUCAGCUAUAACCCGGCUUUUGACCCAACGACAAGUUCCACCUCGAUCUCCAAGCUUCAUCUUGACAUUCUCAAUGGCGAUGAUGAGCGCAUCGAGCCCCGCGAUUUCCUCCCUUCCGAAAUCUCUGCUACCGUUCCCGACAUGCACACCGUCAUGGAGCGCCGUCUCGGCCUUUAA